UCCACCACUUCCCUCUCGAAGCCCAAUGCUCGCCCGACGCCUACCCUCAGCUCCUCGCCAUCUUCGGAGGCUCACGACCUCCUCUAUCCGCCGAGCUGACCCCGUCGUCCCCGCUGCGACCCAGCCCGCUGCUCCAGCGUCAACAUGUGCAGAAGUGAAGACCACAGCAGCACCUCGCUCGAGCAUUGUCGAGAAUGCGUUUCCGGUCGAGGCCGUGAAGGUUCGUCGGCCUGUUGGAGGGUUUAGGGGCGGGAUCUUCGGGUUCUUGCUUGGGUUCUCUCUCGCUAGUGGAUACGCGAGCUAUCAGCUACUGGACGAAUACAAGAACGCAUCUGCUCAACUGCAGGCCAGCGUAGAAGAGCUACACCGGUCCACCGCUAAGGUCUCACAACACAUCCGCCGCAUAGAGGAGGUCGAGCGGGACCUGAAGGCGCUCUCUGGGACUAGCGUGAGCAAGGACGACCUUUCUCGCGUGAGAGAAGAGGCAAAGAAGAUAUAUGACGGGUUGAGGAUCGAGUUCCUUGAUCUACGGACGCAUGUUUGGGGAAUGCAACAAGACUUGCAUGCCCUGGCAAAGAAGGAGAAUACAAGUGUGGUCAUGUCAGGGGUUGAGGAUGAGACCCGGGACUUUGGCAGGACGAACAUGCAGGAAAGGGGACAUAGACCAGAGAGGAUGUGCAGCAUUGUGAAAGAGCGAUGGAGGACGGAGAGAGGGACGGGCAAGGGGCAGCACCGGGAAAGCGCAUUUGGCACGUCCAGGAGAACUCCAUAUUGGGAGCACGCGUGUCAGCCCUCUGAUCGGCAGGUCAUGGCGUUCUUGGACAAGCUCGCAAUCCGGGGUAUCCGCUCGUUCGACGAUAAGUCUGUGGCGAUCAUCGAGUUCUAUUCGCCUGUCACCGUCAUUGUCGGCCACAAUGGGAGCGGGAAGACGACAAUCAUCGAAUGCCUGAAGUAUAUCACAACAGGUGAUCAGCCGCCCAACACCAGGGGAGGUGCGUUCGUCCAUGACCCCAAGAUGGCGAAUGAGAAAGAGGUCAAGGCCCAAGUGAGACUGCGGUUUUAUGCCGCGAACGGGACGCGCAUGCUUGCUACUCGGAACCUGUCGGUUACGCAGAAGAAGACGGGGUUGACGAUGAAAACGCUUGAGGGAAUCUUGGGCACUGCGGAUGAGGCAAGGGGAAAGAGAAGCACGAUAUCCACCAAGUGCGCCGAGAUGGACAUCGAGAUUCCCCGUCUGCUCGGAGUGUCAAAGUCCGUCCUGGAGAACGUCAUCUUCUGCCAUCAAGAAGAGUCAUAUUGGCCAUUAGCUGAGCCCGCUGCACUGAAAAAGAAGUUUGAUGAUAUCUUUGAAGCCACGAAGUAUACGAAAGCUCUCGACUCUAUCAAGAGCCUUCGUAAAGACCGGGUAGCCGAUCUCAAAGCGGAGAAGGAAAAGCUCGAGAGCCUGAAGUUGGAGAAGAACCGUGCAAGCAAGCUACGGACACAGAUCGGUACUUUGCAAACAGCUAUCGGUGACAAGGAGGCUGAGCUGGAACGACUGACUGCGGAGUGCGAACAGCUCGCCCUGUCCAAUCAGCGGUUCUAUGAGAAUGCUGUGAAGUUCAAGGAAACCCUGACAAGGGUUGAAUACUUGACCAAGAGGAAGGAGGAUCUGGUAAAGAACGCCGAGAGUUUGCAUAAGAGUAUCAAAGAAAUCGUUGAUGAUGAGGAUAUCGGCAGCAAGAUCAAAAGCUUUGAGCAACGAAUGUCUCAGCAGGAGAGUCGAAGGGCCAAGCUCACGGAAGACCUCAAUGAUGAGCUCGAACGUCUACAAGUAUAUCGACGCAAACAUGCGGAUGGAAUGACUGCGCAGGGGAGACUUAUGGCUGAGAAGGAGGCAUAUUCCCGGCAGAUUGCCACCCGAGAGGACCUGAUCCAUGAUAUAGCGUCAAAACGUCAUUUGAGGGGGUUUGAGCAUGGUUCUCUGGACAAUGCGAAGAUUGAGGACUUUACUCGUCGUCUACAGGAUCUGCUCGCAGCGCAAAAUACCCAAACACUCCAGCUCAAGAACCAAAGCAGAACUCGGCUCGAAGAGCUAGAUAGUCGUCUUCGCAAACUAUCAAAUGAGAGAGCCAGCAAUCAACAAGUGAUCAAUGAUGCGCAGAAAGAUAUUAGCAAACUUAAACAAGAUGUUGACAAUUUCACUGCACAAAUAGACUCGUCAAGAAUGGUAGAUGCAGAGUUACGGAGAGUUGGUGCGGAACUCCAGUCGGAAGAAGAGAAGCAGAGCAUUCUGCACACUGCCUCCGAAGCUACCAAUUUCGAUCGAGCUUUGGCAGAGAGGAACAAAGAGAUACGAGAUCAGCAAGACGCUAGGGAGAAGUUGGAACGAGAGCGUCAAGGACUCAUGCAGCAGGCCGAUACCAGAGCUAGAUUGUCGUCCCGCCAGCAAGAGAUGAAACGCAGGCGCGACAACAUCAACACUUGGCUGUCAUCCAUGGAGCAGAAAUUCGAACAAGCCGUCGGGCACAAGCCAGAGGAAAAUACCAUGGAAGGAGAAAUCUCUCAAGCUAUUCGAGAAAAGGAGGCCGUCAUCGCCGAGGAGGAACGAACAAGUACCAAUGCUGUAGCCAAGUACAAGCAGAUCGAGUCCUCCAAAUCUCGCCUGCAACAGGAUCUACAGGGGAAGAAAGAUUUCGUCCAAACACAAAGGCGCAGAAUCAAUGAAGGCAAAGGCGAUUUCCCUAACAUCCCUGCAGCGGUUGAUUUCAAAACCGAGGAGCUGGAGCAAGUGAAAAAUGAUGUUGCUGAGACCGCAGCGACGAUCAGCCUUUUCAAUAAAAUCCGUGACAUCGGCGUGAAGAGUCACAAAUGUCGAGCUUGUGACAGGCCUUUGACGGAUGCGGAACUUCCUGCUUUUCAGAGACAUAUCAGUAGACUGCUCGAGAAACUCAACUCUCCUGAAGCGCAGAAGGAAAACGAAGUGACCGUCAAUAAGCUGAUGGAAGACCUCCGAAAACUUCAGGAUUUCCAACGAGACGAGGAAGAGCUGAAUAAGCUAGAGAGCGUGGAAAUUCCAAUAAUGGCUAGAGAACUCAAUGGUGUUGAGACUAGUUUAGAAAGCGCUAUACUGGCAGCUGAUGAAGCUGAGAGUCGUCUCAAACAAGGAAGAGCUUCCCUGCGUGACCUGCAGUCAUUGAAACUUACUGCUGCGCAAGUGACGACCGCAUCAUCAGAAAUAGCAGACAUACAGAGGGAUAUAGAUCAACUAAUGGAGCGCUUGUCGAUCGAAGGCACAACCCGUUCCAUGGAAGAACUAGAGACGGAUCUAAACACGGUUAACAACAGGAUUAAAAUUUGCGAACAAGAUAGACAAGACCUGACUGCUGAAAAGGAUCGGACUCUCAUGGAGCAGAGAUCACUAGAAAGAAGAAUUCACGACCUCCAGCUUCGACAGCGUGAUCUCCAAGACAAGGUAAAGGAACGAACCAGCCUAGAACAGCGAGUCAAAGACAGCAAGGAGGCCAUGUUGUCAAAGGAAAAGAGCAUCGAGGAAAGGAGACAAGCCGUUUCUCGAGAUGAGCUACCUCUCCGUAACCUGGAGCGAGAACGAGCAGAGUUCGAAAAGACUUCCAUUGCAGAGAUUGAAGAAUCGGUAUCCAUCUCAAACGAGCUAGAGAAAAAUGUAGAGCGAUUGCGGACGGCGAACGCGCCAAUUGAACUGUAUAUUCGCGAACGAAAAGACCGCCAACUGGAUGCCAUCAAUCAGGAGAUCGGAGACAUGGAAACGCACAUCACUGAGGCCAAUACAGCGGCCGAGAGUAUUCGCGCCUCUGUUGCUCUCCUUGACAAAGAAGUCGGCGAGCAAAGCACGAUCAUGUCAAAUCUACGUGACAAUGUUCGUUUGCGAGAGACCCAGCAAGGAAUCGCGGAAGUCGAGGCGGAGAUAGCUACCCAUGACCUUGAGUCAAUGGCUAAAGCGCGUCGGUCGUUCGAAGAUAAAUACAGUCUUUCCAAGGAGAAGGAGGCACUUGCCAACUCAAAGCGUUCCCACAUUGGCGGCGAGGUUACAUCCAUGAAAGCUCAGCUGCGUCAACUGCAGGACGAUCUCACCACUGAUUACAAGGACAUUGACAAGCGGUAUACAGAUCAACUAAUCACAGUCAAGAUGUCGGACCUCGUCAAUAAUGAUCUCGAAAAGUAUGCCAAAGCGCUUGACAAUGCUAUCAUGCGGUAUCAUGGGCUGAAAAUGGAAGAAGUCAACGAUACAAUGAAGCACCUUUGGAAUCGCACAUACCAGGGAACGGAUAUUGAUGGAAUCAAGAUUCGGUCUGAUGUGGAAGGUGGUGCAACUAGGAGAACAUACAACUAUCGUGUCGUGAUGACCAAGGAUCAGGUCGAGAUGGACAUGCGUGGACGAUGUAGUGCUGGGCAAAAAAUGCUUGCUUCCAUCAUCAUCCGUCUCGCACUCUCAGACUCUUUCGGCCAAAACUGUGGGAUUCUUGCUUUGGACGAACCGACUAAUGCUCUCGAUGCCGAGAAUGUGGAGGCACUAGCAGCAAGCCUUGCUGACCUUAUUAACGAGCGCAGAAACGCUGCAAAUUUCCAGCUCAUUGUCAUCACACAUGACGAAAAGUUCUUACAAAAGCUCGCCUCGACUGAUGUGAUGGAAUUUUACUGGCGUGUGUCUCGCGACGCCAAGCAGAAGAGUGUCAUCGAGCGGAAUCGCAUUCAGUUCUAGCCUACAGACGUCGCUCCAUUUAUACCCAUCAUAUGUACUUAUAACGCACAUUGCAAGGGCUCAUCGUUACGACGUCAAUGGAAUAGUGCUACCAGAUGGGCACCUGCAACUCUAGUCGGUCUCCAUGUGAACGGCCCAACGCCAAGACCUGCUUCGGGCGGCAAGCCAAGACUGACAACCAAAUUCGAGAGCAAUCCUGUGUUGAGAGCCUGCUGCAGACCCCUCAAGCUUGUUCUGAAAGCCGGGCUCUGGAUGACCUGACGGAGUGUAUCUGCGUUCCGUUCACCCGGGAGGUCAGCAGGCAGGUUGGGAAAUAUCGCUUCCAAGAGAUCUGGCCGAGCGAGCAGAGGCUCCAGGGUUUGCGGUGUGAUUACAUCAGUGAGAGAAAGCUCUGGUCCAGCAUCACCCGCCUGUGCUGUGGCGCCCUGAAUGAGUUCACGCAAUUGCCGCACCUGCUCCUCCAUGGUCAAAUGAGAGGAUCCUGCAACCGCUGAAGCCGCUGCAGUGCUGGUAGAGGCGGCGGGGGCGGGGGCGGGGGCGGGGAUCGGCACUGGCACGGGCACUGGUGCAGGGACGUAAGAGGGAUCCUCAAGCAGGCCAUUCACGCUUCGCGCAUAGUACUCAUCCCGACUGGUAUCUGCAUCCUGCAUCCAGAAGAAGUAUCGCUGAUCCGAACUGGAAAAUUUGAGGACAUACACACGACCGGAAGGAACAUUGUUCACUUUGAGAAAAGUCGCCUCAGAAGGAAACAGGAUAAGAUCCUCAUCUGUGGCACCUGUUGUCCUGUCCUUCCAACUAAAAUGCAACAGCCCAUCGUCGGCAGAGGUUUCCAAAUGAAUGAGCCCCUUAUCGGCGAGAGGAUCGACCCAAUUAGUCUCGGCUCUGCGAUUGCAGCGUCCAGCCUUGAAAGAGAGCAUGACGAG